AUGUUCUUGCAUCAAGAAGCGUAUGUGAAGAAAAUUCUCAAUAAAUUCAAGAUGAUUGAUGCAAAAGCGGUAAGUAUUCCUGCAGACCCCCACGCGCGACUAGUUCCAAACGAUCGCGACGAUGAAAGCCCAAGUACAGUACCGUUUCGAGAAGCAAUGGGCUCAUUAAUCUUUCUUGCGGUUGUGACGCGGCUAGACAUCGCAUAUUCGGUGAAUUCAGUUAGUAAAUUUCUUAGCAAUCACAACGAGAGCCACUGGCAAGCAGUGAAACGAAUCUAUCGGUUCCUGGUCGGAACAACGGAAUUCGGGAUAAUGUACAAAAGCGGCGGGAGUAACUCGAAGUUACAGGGGUUUUCAAACUCGGAUUUCGCAAGUGACACGGAGACGCGCAGAUCUACCACUGGGUAUGCGUUUUGUCUAUCGAACGGGAUUGUGACUUGGUCGUCCCAACGACAAAAGCUAGUCACACUGAGCACAACGGAGGCUGAGUACGUAGCGGCAGCAGCGGCUGCUAAAGAGGCAAUUUGGCUGAGGAAAUUGUUAAACGAUCUAUUGUCUACCGACAAAGUCGACAGUCCUGCGAGUAGACAAUCAAAGUGCAAUCCGAUUAAUCAAAAAUGCGGAGUUCCACAAGCGAACCAAGCAUAUAGACAUUAA